AUGAGGAGAGGGGGAGAGUCAGAAGAAUUAGAGAUGGGUACUUUGUACAAGUAUAUAUCUGAGGACCAGUGGCAUGAUGCAAAAGCAUUCAUUGAAAGCCAUCCUAGGGUCUUGGACGUAGAAUUUGCAACUUCAAUGCGCGAAACGCCUCUUCAUGUAGCUGCAAAGUUUGGCCGUCAGAACAUAGUAAAGGAAUUGGUGAAAUUAGUUCCAAAAGACUAUCUUGAAAUACGUGAUGCUUGUGGUUGUACUCCGCUUGCAGUCGCUGCAUCAUAUAGUGGAGUCAUCCCAAUUGCAAGCUGCUUGGUCGAAGAAAAUCGCAGAGCACUUAAAAUUCCAUUAGGAGACUAUGAGUGGAGCAUUCCUGUCACAAUGGCUUUUCGUAUUGGCCACAACCAAAUGGGACGUCAUCUCUAUUUUGCCAUUGGUGAUGAUUUGCAAGUCUUCAAAGAAAACCCCAUUGUGGGUCCUUUGUUCCUUAGAACCUGUUUCAUGACUGGAGAACUUGGUAUUGCUUUGGACUUGCUCCAACGAUGUAGAGAGCUGAUUUUUGCUGCUGAUCAUCUGUACUCAACAAUUGAGCACAUUGCAUUCUAUCUUUCCGAUUCUCUCAACAAAAGUCACCUUCGGUUCUGGAAGCAAUGGGUUUAUCACUAUAUCAAAAUACAACCAGCCAUGGCCACUAAUCAAAUCCGUGUAGACAUGCAAUCAAAGGACGAGAUGAGUAGCAGGGCCGAAGAUAAAAAGCGUAUGAUUGGAAAAGCACUGUUGGCAGCUGCUAAAUCAGGGAAUGUUGAGUUUUUUAAGAAGGUAUCAACAGCAAACCCGGAAUUAAUCUCAAUGGUCACUUUUUCCCAACAAAAGGAGAAUGCUUUCUUCAGUGCUGUUAAAUAUCGUCAAGCCGAGAUUUUUAACCUCCUCCAUGGGUUUCGCUUUAAGAAUGUUGUGGCAGCAAUGUUCCUUGAGAAUAACAAUAACUUGCUGCACACAGCAGCGAAGUUGGCUCCUCCUUCCCAACUUUAUCGCAUCCCUGGCGCCGCUUUGCAAAUGCAAAGGGAAUGGCAGUGGUUUAAGGCAGUACAGAGUAUGGUGAAUCUUGGAAUUGAGCGUCGUCAUAACAAAGACAAGUUGACUCCUCUGGAGUAUUUCAGAGAAAACCACAAAGAACUCAGGAACAAAGGCGAGAAAUGGAUGAAAGAUACUGCAACUUCUUGCUCAGUUGUUGGCGCCCUAAUUGUCACCAUUAUGUUUGCUGCAGCUUUUACUGUUCCUGGUGGAAAUGAUCAAACAUCUGGGCACCCAAUAUUUUUGAAGGAAAAAUUGUUCAAAGUUUUCUUAAUUUCAGAUGCAGUGUCCUUGUUUGCUUCUACUUCUUCUGUGCUUACAUUUUUAGGAAUUCUUACAUCACGAUAUGCAGAAGAUGACUUCCUUUACUCCUUACCUACAAAAUUGAUCAUAGGCCUCUCUGCACUUUUUCUCUCAAUUGCAACUAUGCUGAUAGCCUUUUACUCAGCAAUAAUCAUCAUGUUGCAACAGAAGUCAUCACCUUUUUUGGCUUUUCUUCCUGUUAUUAUGCUUGCUAGCGUGCCUAUAACUAUCUUUGUUGCAUUGCAGUUCCCUCUUCUUGUUGAAAUAAUUUCUUCUACGUAUGGUCCAGGCAUCUUCCGGAAGGUGGAGAAGUGGCCAUGA